CAUUGUCAUAGAUCAUUCCAUUCUUGAUUAGGGUCCUUGAAAGCCGUUGAGGAUAUCCAUAGCAAUCUCAACUGAGCAAAAACAAGCAAGAAAUCUAGUCAUGUCGGGAUGCAGAAUCAACAAACCGGCACGCCCCAUACCCCAGAGCAUAGACCACAAAAAAAAAAAAAAAGCUCGACACGCUUACGCACUGAGAUUUAUGUCCAUCUCGGUAGGAGUCGACACUCCGUUGCAAGUACCGGUUCUGAUCGCGCAGGCGUUGGUUCUCACCCUGAAGGGUCUCUAGAUAGAUCCAAUGUCUUUGACCUGCUCUGUAACCCAUUGUUUUUCGCUGUCAUCAGCGGUGGCUUCUUUGGGGUUUGGGGGCUUUGCGUCUUCGAGCUUCAUGUUGUCUAACUCGACUCAGAUAGGUAUGGUAACUGGCUCGAGACAAUAGUGAUGACAUAGUAAGAGUCGUAGUAACAAGUAGAGAACAGGAGCGAUGAAU